AUGAACCAUGGACAGUGGUGCGUAAACAUAGUGAGCACAGAUCACACCCCACUAACGAUUGGCUCCGUGAAGUGUGACGGCCAGCCCCAAUGUUCACAAUGCCUGCGCCGCGGGCUCAAGUGCGAAUACAGAGUCAUCACCGAUACUGUCCUGAAAGCCAUCCCCCCUGGAAGCCAACUCGUCGACAAGGAGGAAGCCCUGAGCAAUUCCGAUGCCGCAGACCUGCUCGAAAUCCUGAAGCGCGUGCCUGAUGACGAGGCACUGGAGGCCCUAAGAUUUCUGAGAACUGGCCACGAACCAGCCGAGGCCGUCUCUGCAUUGCGGAGGUACGACGUCGGCCUGUCGCAAGUUGCCCUGAACAGGGCCAUCCUACCACCCACCCAGUCCUCCUUGGAAUUCGAGUUGAUGAUGAGACACCCCCUUGCCUAUCCCGCCUGGGCACCAGUCCAGCCGACCAAGCUCGAUCUGGAGUUCCUGCUGCGUCCCAGUAGGGUUCGUUGGGAAGAAACCGGCCCGGCCCUCGUUGCAGGCUCGUCCGAUGAGCAAUCCUAUCUAUCGCCCCACGGUCAUCGACGCCGAGAGACAAGCCUGGACGCAGCAAGUCCAGUUGUGCCACCUGAGCCGUCGGCACUGUACGACAACAGGUUGCUAGGUAUCGACAUUACCCGAUGGACCGAUGUGCCCAUCGCCAACAACUUCUUUGUUGCAGUCCUACAGCUCCACCUCGAGACCGACUACCCGAUGAUGCUCCUGAUUGACAUAGACCUACUCUUGGACGGGCUGCACGGCGAGAACGAAUUUUGUUCCCGCGUCCUCAUCAACGCACUAUUCGCCUGGGCUUGCCAGGGAUACGCGGUUCUCGAGCCGAACGCCACACUCAUAGGCCAGAGGUUUUACAAGGAAGCAAAGAAAUUGUGGAAAAGAACAAAGGAAGCGCAAGCUACAGACCACGUCUGUACUGUGGCUGCGGUGCAUUACUUGUUCAUCACCGCAGUCUCUUUCGGUGCUGGGGCGGAAUACGUCGAGUUCCUCGGCGAUCUACUCGACAUGUCCCAGAGGCUUGGCCUUUUCAACAUCGACCCUUCUCGGAUGGAGGAGUUGAAUGCCAACGACAGUGCAAACUAUCAGCGAGCAAAGGCCCAGAUAGCCUGGGUGCUUUUCACCUGUCUUACCUUCUUCUCACUGCUCCUUCACCAGCGCUUGAUUAAACAUCCACCACGCGCUCCCCUACCACAACGUAGGGCACAUAUCACACGAGACACUGGCUUGAUAAAGGAACACACCAUAGGGAUCCCAGAUGUUAACUUACUGAGGGAGCAAUGUCGCCUCUUUUUGAUAGUUCAUGACAUGGUCCAAGUCAUGUAUGGGUCAGAAGAGAUGCUUUGUGCCGAAGCCGUAACACUGGCCUUUGCCGGGAAAACGUACCAGCGGCUUUUGGUGUGGGCAGAUGAAUUACCACUAGAGAUGGCUCAGGGUGACCAAUGUUCACAUUAUGUCAUGAUUUUGCAUAUCUACUAUCAUGUGGCUAUCAUCGAUCUAUUCCGGCCCCUCCUCCAACAAAACGGCGCCCCUCGACAGAGACUCCCUCCCUUCCGAUCUGCAGAAGCUACCCCGGAUGCCGUCUACGCGGCGUCCGUUAACCAGCUGAAGAGAAUAGUGCUCCUUUAUCGGCAGAAGUACCCAGAGUCUUCGUACUGCUUCUGUUGGCACUCGGCGCUCCUCUACCUCGCCAACGCGAUGCUCACCGAGGCCAAGGUUUCUGUGCACGGACCGGAAUGGCGCUUCUACUUCCUCCUCUGCAUGGCCUGCUUCCAGACGCUCUACACCGGCUUCCAGCUGGCCAAAGGUAUCACGCUGAGCCUGCUGUCCAUGGCCCUGGAGAGGGGCGUCAUGGAAACCUCGCGGGCGAGAGACAUCAGGAGGGACCUCGAGCUCCGUGGCAGGCAUCACGAGGUCUCCGACCGGGUGCCCGUCUCCUGGGUUGUGGAUUUGGACUUGGCCAUGACGGAUCCCUCGGCGGCGCAGGCGGAGAACCUGCUCCAAAGGCUCCAGCAGCUCCAGAUCCAUGAACCCAACGAAAAUGACGAGUCGCCGGAUAUUUAA